UGCGCCUAGAGGAGCUGUUUGCAGAAGAUGGAGCGAUGCUGAAGCCGACUCGGGUUCUGUAUGCGUCGCCAUGGAGUCAUACUCUCAAGAUACCCAAGUCGUCCUUUCAACCUCGCCAGACGAAUUUCGAUACCUAUCUCAAACGAUGUACCGAUGAUCUAUAUGCAUGGCAGGCCGCAGAGCGUGCGACUGCCCCGUCAUUCGUCCUUCACGAUGGGCCCCCAUAUGCCAAUGGGAAACUUCACAUUGGUCACGCGCUAAAUAAGAUACUGAAAGAUAUAUUAUGUCGUUUUGAGCUAAGUCAGGGAAAGAGAGUGCAUUACGUGCCUGGGUGGGACUGCCAUGGGCUUCCCAUAGAGAUGAAGGCUUUGCAAUUGCGGAAGGAUGCUGAGACGAGGUCUGGAGAGAAUUCCAGUGACAUCGCAUCUGAAUGUCAGUCGCGCCUGCAACCUCUACAGGUCAGACGUGCUGCGAGGAAAUUAGCCACAAAGACAGUCAAGGAACAGAAGAAGGGAUUCAAGGAAUGGGCCAUCAUGGCUGAUUGGGACAAUUCAUACAUCACAAUGUCAAAAGACUUUGAAAUGAGGCAAUUGCAAGUCUUCCGAGAUAUGGUUAAGAAGGGCCUUGUAUAUCGGCAAUACAAGCCUGUCCACUGGUCGCCAUCAUCCAGAACGGCAUUAGCUGAAGCAGAGCUUGAAUAUGACGACAACCGCAAAUCUAGUGCUGCAUAUAUCAAGUUUCCUGUCACCAAAUUUCCCGUUCAGCUCGAUUCAGCAGGAAUUUUGGAAGGGAAACUCCUCAGUGCAGUGAUCUGGACGACUACACCUUGGACUCUUCCCGCGAAUCAAGCAAUCGCCGUACAUAUGGGACUGGAGUACGUUGUCGUAUCUCAUCCAGAUGAUGCGAUCGGUCUUCUCAUCAUAGCACAAUGUCGUGUAGAAGAAAUUGAGAGGACCUUGGGCGUGACCUUGAAACAUGUCCUCGGGCCCUUCAAUGGUCGCGACAUAGCCGGCAAGGCUUUCUAUCAGAAUCCCCUACAAGGCAGUCAGGCUGAAGAUCAGUUGAUCAUGAGUGCUGAUUUCGUGAGUGGGACUUCGGGUACCGGUCUCGUACAUCUAGCCCCUGGACAUGGCAUGGACGACUACAAUGUAUGCAUUGCAUUGGGAAUUGCUCCCCUAUCACCCGUCGAUGAUCAUGGAAAGUAUACCGCUGACGCUUUCCCUGAUCAGCCAGAGCUGUUCCAGGGCCUGUCUGUCCAAACCCAAGGGACUGAAGCGAUUCUGCGUCACCUCAAGACCGUCGAGUUUGGAUCACACACUGGCUUCGUUUUGAACACACAUGAGUAUGAACAUAAAUAUCCAAUCGACUGGAGGACUAAACAACCGAUCAUCGUACGUGCAACCGAACAGUGGUUUGCCAAUGUCGACAACAUUAAGUCUGACACUCUUCGAGCAAUGAAAGACGUGCAAUUCAUUCCGCCCGCCGGGUCGAAGAGGCUGGAAAGUUUCAUACGAAGCCGUAGCCAAUGGUGCGUAUCUCGACAAAGGUCAUGGGGUGUUCCGAUCCCAGCUUUAUUCAGAACAGAUGUUACUCCCCAUCAAGCCAUCAUGAAUGAACACACGAUCUCUCACAUCAUGAAUAUCAUCGAUGAGCGUGGGGUAGAUGCUUGGUGGGAGGACGGUGAUGACGAAACAUGCUGGAUUCCUUCUAAUCUGGAAGGGACGUAUACUCGUGGUAAAGACACGAUGGAUGUGUGGUUCGACAGCGGCACAAGUUGGUCUAUGCUACCCCAGCGUCCCGAUAACACAUUAGCGGAUGUCUAUCUCGAAGGAAGUGACCAGCAUCGUGGAUGGUUUCAAUCUUCAAUACUCACGCACGUCGCAAGCCAACAAAAUCAAGUGGCAACAGAGGAUAGGCAGGUUCAUGUACCAAGAGCUCCCUUCAAGAAGCUGAUCACUCACGGCUUUACACUCGACCAGUACGGGAAAAAGAUGAGCAAGUCAAUAGGCAACGUCAUUGAUCCACAUGAUAUCAUCACUGGUGCGCUGAUCCCCACCGUGCAAAACAAGAAGAGCGGUAAGGGCAAUUCGAGCGCAUUAGGCCCAGAUUCCCUCCGACUCUGGGUGGCCAGCAGUGACUACACCAAAGACGUCGUGAUAGGUCCUCAGGUACUUCAGUCGAUUAACAACGCGCUGUUGAAGUAUCGUGUCACGUUUAAAUGGCUUAUUGGCGUGCUCUCGGGCGCUGAAGAUGAGGUGUGGAACCGCACGGAAGAGUCUAUACGAACACGCAUCGAUAUUCUUGCUUUGGAGAAGCUUACGGCGGUGUCUAGAACUGUACAUGACGAGUAUACACAGUCGCGAUUCAACGAGGCUGCUCGACACAUCAACAAUUAUGUGGUCAAGGAUCUUUCAUCCUUCUAUUUCGAAACACUGAAAGACAGAUUAUACACCGGCUCUCAUGAAACACGCGUCGAAGCUCAGUUGGCUCUGCGGGCUAUAUUCUUGGAGCUUUGUAGAAUGCUCGGACCGAUCACACCUGUGUUGAUCGAGGAGGUCUGGGACUUUACACCUCAGAAGCUUCGUGACACCACUCCGCAUCCUAUACGAUCAACUUGGGUCCCAAGAACUUCGAGCGUGCCCGCUCAGGAUAGCUCCUUAAACUGUAUCGCAGCUGAUCUCGUCUCAGUGCUCAAUGGUGCGGUCAAAACAGCUCAGGAGGAAGCUCGUAUGUCAAAGAACAUCGCGUCAGGUCUAGAGUGCGACGCUUGGAUCGUUCUGCCCAGUAAAUGUGGCGAAGAGGCUGCCGAGCAUGGCUUUGAAGAACUUUUGCGCAAGAUAUGGCCUCAGGACGUUGCAGAAGGAUUGGCUAACGCCCUUGUGUUAUCGAAGGUUCAUCUCCUGUUCGAUGGACAAGUGGACGUUGAUCACACGGCGUGGUCUUUCCAGAAGUGGUUCGACAUACCAGAAUCUAUAUCAAGCACACGCGGCACACCUUCGUUACGUGGCUGCGUUGUUAUCACUCCGCCGUCGCAAAGCAAAUGUCCUAGGUGCUGGCGUUAUACAGCACCUAUAGAUAAGGAAGAAAGCCUUUGCCAGCGGUGCGAAGAGGUUGUACAAAAUAUGUAAGAUUUUGACGAUUAUGUGUAUAUUAACAAUGUAGAAUACCAUUCGAAUUGAGCACAUGAGGCUCAAAAGUCUUAUAGAUAACGAUAUGCCUGCAUCAAUCAAACAGUAUGUCAAUGGCAAUAUCAGGUAAUCAAUUCAUGAAUGCACUUUCCAUUGAAGCUUACCAUGCGCCUACGUCGGUGGCUACCUCUCCGGUAGCAUGACACAACAACAUGAAAUUCUUCAGAUGAGAUUGAGCGCUUUCACGUACAUACAUUGCGCUUGACCUCAGUCUACAAAUUGACACCCUGUUAUAGUUGAUCUUCUCAGAUCCUCACAGUCAUUAUGGCAUCAGAUACACAGGAUGAUAUUUCCGAUAAUCAACCCACGGCAGAUUCUCACCCGAUCAUAUCACCUACCACGACCGAGAAAGCGACUU